AUGGCUACAGCCCAGGUGCACCACGGCGGCCGCUUGUCUCACCUGUACGGGCCGAAGAGGAGAGACCCCGCGGUCCAACUGAAGAAGGUUCUGCAGGGAGACAACGUGCUGAGUAAGGACGGACCGUUUAGUAAGUGUCGCACGCGGUGGAGCACCACCUACAGCGCCGACUACUGGAACUUUCUACUGCGGUGGAGCAUUCAUCCGACAUGGACAUCACACAAACAGAAUGCCACCAACUUGCGGUUGGACCGUCAUGAUCGUGAUGUCAAGACGAAGAACGCGUCCCUGGUUCAGGAGUCCUAUACCGACAAGGGCCCGUACCAGCCUCACUACGCCAGGGAGGACAGGGCAUGCAACAUACCGGACUUUAACAAGGACUUCCGUUCCAAAGAAGAGGACAACAACAACACGACUUACACCAAAGUCCACUGCACAAAGGCCCUGGAGCAUUUUCAAAAGACACACAGAGGCCUUCACGGGGAACAACUGCGCAGGCGCCAGCAGACGACAGCGUACCUUCUCAAGACUCACUUCAAUCUUGGACUCGAUGGCGACAGUCAUUUCAACACCGAGACAGAAGCUUCUUAUCAAACCUCGGCCAAGCCACGUCGUCGGGGGAAGUCUGCACGGACGAAGUCGGCCCGUCGAGCGGGCGGGACAACGCCACCAGAGUGCGGGACUACCAACAUCACGGCCGGGGAAACGAAGAAACAGUCCCCGGGAGAGGGGAAGAAGAAGCACCACCGCCCUGGCUCUCGCGUUCCGAGCGGCAGACGACUUAAACCCGUCCACCCGGCUGGCAUCGUUACCAAGGUGUUGAAGGACUACAGUCAUGUAAUACCCAGGCCGAGGGAUGAGACAUGCGCGGUGCCGGACAGCUCGUGUAGCCCCGCCCUGCAGCUGAGGACCGCCAUGAGGACUGAAGCCUGCCGACUGUCCCGCCUCCCGCCACAACCGAGCUCUACAGACCUCCUCACGGCGUUCUCACAGUACCACAGCGACGGAUCUGGUUUCCUACCGAGAGCGGACCUCCUGAAGGCGUGCGUGACGCUGUUCGGACGGGGUUUCACGGAUGAAGACCUGGACAGGCUGCUGUGGGACGACUGCGUCACGGAAGCAGGGACAGUCGACUACGUCAAGUUCCUAACUCACCUGACAGCACUGUGGUCUCGGCUGAAGCCUGACGGCACGUACGUGAGCCUACAGCGGGCGGACUACCGGCCUCUGGGCGGCGAGGAGCGGAGAGACGUGGAGGUGGACCGGAUGGUGUGCAAGUUUGACCGCUUCAGGAACAAGUCGGACAGCCUGCGCCGCCAGUGGAGACCCAACCAGCCAGACGCGGCAGAGGAGAGUGACUUCGUUCUUGGCUACAACAGAGACCAGGUCUUGUCGCUGUACGGGAAAGACUUCCCAAAGUUCCCUGCGCGGGGUACGCUAGGUUGCCAACAUUCACACGCCCCACCAGACGCACAGAUGUGGGACGUGAUGCACCGUCAGCCCGGGUUGGGCCUCAGCACCACGAGUUACGACAACACCUUACGGAGUUGGCUCACACCGAGCGUGGUCAGCGAAAAGCUUCAAAAGAAGCGAGACUUCAGGAGUAAGAUGAAGGACCUGAUGGAGAGCGUUAGUGUGGGGAUGAGUUCCGACAAGGAUGACAACGCUGACGAUCUCAAGCGGUCCAUUAUGGGAGCGGAUUAUAAGACACCCCCGCCUGAGUUCAUGGUAUCGCCUGUCGGCCCUCCCGUCUGCAAGUAUCCGUUUCUGGACUUUAACUACCGACAAGGCGACAAGAACUACAUGUCUUCUGAACACCACGGGUCUUACCAACCUGCACCUGGCGAUGAGUACACGGUGGAGAAGAUGCAACAGCGCCAAGCGUUGGUUAGCGGCCGCGUGGAGGACUGCAGGAAGACGCACUUCGAGUUGUGGUCGGGGAGGACACCGGGUGACCAGCCCGGCUCCGUGGCCAGCUCCUCCUACUCCUGGCCGGCUGAAAACGGCACCGAACCGCCUGCAGGAUGUGUCACCUUACCUUCCAGGGAACGGGAUCCCCUGCACGCUGUGCUGAAGAAGGCGAUCCUCCCAGCCGACCCCGCAGUCACUGGCAGGCUGGACAAGGAGACGCUGCAGCGCAUAUGCAAAUCGCUAGGAGUCGCUACCGACACGGAGACCUUUCAGACCAUCAUGAACGAGUGUCAGGUGGGUGAGAACGGACUCGUUGACUACAAUGAGUUCAUCUGGCGUGUGGUAGCUGUACCGACAGACGAGGAUCGCCAGGGGGCGUCUCCAGCGGCCUCCACCAUGCAGGUUGACUACACACCCUUGGAGCAAAGGAGGCUGACUUCUGCCCAGAAGCGUACUGUUGAGAAGGUGGCCAGGCUACAGAAGCCGGUACCCUCCCACCUCUUCCACACAGACCCUGAUGUGGGUCCAUUCCUGUCAACCACGGCUCGAGACUUUACCAUGCCGGGGAAGGCACGUUUUGGCAACCAAUCACAGCAAAAGGUCAACUAGUUUACGCUGGAUGCCGACUUCUAAGUUAAUUGUCUCUGCAUCAAAUUCACCAUUAUUUUGCUAUCCCUGGAAGGUCUCCUGGCUUCCAAAGCAGUCAAAGGAUGUUGGACUGUGAUUGAAUCCAAAGAGCUGGUGUUAUUUGCAACUUCUGGUAACAAUAUCCACUGAAUGAUUUUAGUAUGUCUAACAUUCACAUGUACACAAUGUACAUGUAUGUAAUAGAGACUGAAUGGCUGCUAUAGACUAGGAUAGAUAUCACUUAUAUCAUGUAAUGCUCAAAUGUAAUAAAAUGAUGACAGAAACUUUGUGCAAAAAUGUUAGGUAUAUUAAAUUUUGGUCAGAGAAAGUACAUGUGUGCACAGAACUAGUACAAAAGAAAUUUUCACAAGAUUGAAAAUGAUGUGGAUAAAGAAACAUGUUUUUACCAUCAUGAUGGUAAUAAAAUAUUGUAGAGCAUCUGUUGAGAGACUGCAAUUUCUUAGUGAUAUUAAAUAACACUAAAACUUGUACAUGACAAUAUUCAAUUUGAUAAUAAGCUAAAUUUACUGCUGAUUUUUCCAGUACUCCAAUACAUGUAUAUGGUAACAAUACAAUUAUGAUAAAAGUACAAAAAUUUGUAAGUAUGAAUCCCUUACAAAUGGUUCCCUUUGCAGUGUAUCAUACAAUAUCAAAUAAAGUCUCAAGUUUCAUACUUCAAUCAUUGUAGUACUGUGUCAAAAUCUGGCAAGAUGUGUAAAAUGUAUGGUGUGUAUUAUUAGUAGUAUAUAAGUAGUACUAGGAGAGGGAAAUGCCUCAUCUAAAUGAGUCUUAAUCUGUAUCCCCUUAGCUUGUAUAACUGCUGGUUGGUAUAGGAAUUUCUGAUGUAAAAUCUCUUGCAACAAACUCAGGACAUACGAGUUGACAAGAAUGAGGUUAAAACUUAUCAUUUAAGGUACACCAGAUACAACUGUUGUUUUUUUUCAUUCCACUUUGUACAACUUAUGAGACACAGCAUUAGUUCACCUUUACUUAGAUGCAAUGUUAUAAAGCUGCUUUAAUUUGCAGUGACCUUAAUACUACUAGCUGCUCACCGUCACCAUCACAAAAUAUAUGCAUCUGAGGUAGUAAAAUAUACCGUACAUGUAUCAAACGACAUUGUACUUACGUCAUAAAUCUAUAAAUAUUUCCACAGGAGUUAUCAUUAGUUGAUUCUAUCAGGAUCUAUUAUACAGCUAACACCUUCGUUAACAUGAAUAUUGUUUAUCAUAAUGUUAGAAAAUUACCAAUGCUUGUCAAUUAAGAAGCAGUAAUUUUGUCCAUACAAACCCAAUUUACAAGGACACACCUACAAACUGUAGGAUGGUAGCAACAGUUACCAUCAUGACUUUGUCUAAACACGAUUAUAAACCUUUUAUAGGAAAACAAAGACACUUUCUUAGCAAUUUUUACACAGUUAAAUACAUAAUCGGACUCAUCCAACACAUGAAACUACAGAGUACAGGGACAUAUAAAAUACUUAUAAAUGCCAAAAAACACAGCUCUCAAAUUGUGCAACAUUUUCAUUCUUGCCGCAAAGACGACGUAAUGGCAAGAAAUUAUAUGAAAGAAGUAGGCAGUCAGAUCUGAGAGCACUACAAAGAGUGAAAGGAGGCUAUUUCAGGUCCGAUUUUACAGUAAAUGCCAUCACCUUUGCAGCAGUGUGCAAAAGCAAUGUUCACCUCAGCUAAUACAUUGUAUACAAUGUAUAUGAUAGCUGAGGCUCUAUAAAAAUGUAUUGCCACCACGAUUAAGCUUGAAUUUCACUUUGAUCCUAGAAUUUCCACUGUAGUCUGUUGGGUGCCAUGAUUUCAGAUAUUCCUAACUCUACAGAUUUACGUGUGUCACAGUCAUUUUAACCCCCCAGUCACAGCAAAGACAUACUUAUUAUGGCACUUUAUGGGGAGGUGCAAAAGAAGAAAAUGUACAUCAUUCAUAAAAUACACACUUAUGUACACUUAAAAUCACAGUCUUCAAGACAACUAAUUCCACAGUCUUGUUUUCCACAUAAACUCUCUAGUAAUAGAAAAAGUAUUGCUCCAGACUUCUUUUGGGGAUUAGAAAAAAA